UGAGCUGCGUUCCCGUUGCGAAUUUCUCUAGAGGGUGUUCUGCGGAUCAACUGCGGUUUAGCUGCGGAUCGGGUGCGAUUUAGAAGAAAUAAUUAUCUGAGCUGCGUUUUUGGUGAGGGCCAAUCAUUGUUAGCUGUGUGAUGAUGUAGGUAAUAAAAGGGAGUGACCUUUCUUGGACUCUUCCUUUUUCACGAGCAUUCAGUAUAGUGUGGAAUAGGAUUUGGAUUUCAGAAGAAAUGUGUGCUGCCCUGCCCAUGAUCAUGCCUACAGUUGUUGCUGCAACAGCAGCAAUCUUGCUGGAAGUUGAAAGGAGGAGAAGGAGGAGUAGAAGAAGAAGAUACUGGGUUCAUCCUAUCAUUGCAAAUAGGGAUGAAAGAGGGCAGUUCAUGAUAUUAUAUGAAGAUCUCCGUGGGCAUGAGGACAAGUUUUUUAAUUAUACACGCAUGUCAAUAACCAGUUUUGAUGAAUUGUUAGGACUAACGUACCAUAGUUUGGAGCGCCAGAACACAUGCUUCAGAGCAAGCAUCCAGCCUGCACAAAGAUUAUUAAUCACAUUAAGGUACCUAGCUACAGGAAAUUCAUUUGGAAGUCUCCACUAUGAGUUCAAGGUUGGAAAAUCAACUAUAUCUGGCAUUGUACAUGAAACAUGCCUUGUUUUAUGGAAUGUACUAAAACCAUUGGUCUUCAAAAAGCCUACAAAAGAAGAUUGGUUGAAGAUAUCAGAUGAAUUCUGGGAGAGAUGUAAUUUUCCAAACUGUGUGGGAGCCAUCGAUGGCAAGCACAUACGCAUCCUGAGGCCAUUUGAUAGUGGGAGUCAGUUUUUUAAUUAUAAAAAAUAUUUUUCGUUUGUAUUAAUGGCAGUGGUAGAUGCCAAAUAUAAUUUCAUUUAUAUUGAUGUGGGUGCUUAUGGUAGCAGCUCGGAUUCUGGUGUAUUUAAUCAUUCCACAUUUGGGAGAAUGAUAAGGGCGAAUAGUCUGGAUUUACCUAACGAUUCCUCCUUGCCCGGAACAAAUGAGCCAGCCCUCCCAUUUGUUUUUGUAGGGGACGAAGCGUUUGCCCUUGGUAAAAAUCUUCUUCGACCAUUCUCAAGUAGAGCGCUGAGCAAUGAUAAAAGAAUAUUUAAUUAUCGGCUCACUAGGGCACGUCGAGUAGUAGAGUGUGCAUUUGGAAUUCUUGCCAAUAAAUGGAGAAUAUUGCACACCGCCAUCAAUCUCAGUUUGGAGCAUGCUGUCUCUGCUGUCAAAACUGCGUGUGCACUGCACAACUAUGUGCGAGAACGUGAUGGAAUUGAUUAUGAGGAUUCCAUGAUGCAUAACAUGGAGGCGGCACAGUGGAGUUUGACUAGGGGCACUAGCAGUGGGAAAUUGAUUCGAGAUCAAUUUCUUAAUUACUUUCUAUCGCCAGCUGGCGAGUUACCUUGGCAGAUGCAGGCAAUUUAAAACCAAAAAAUGUGGUGUUGUCAUUAAAAUAUAUGGCCCUUUAAAUAUUAAAACCUAAAAUACUAAGCUAAAAAUGUCACUAUGUGUAAUUUGAAUGCAGCUUGAAAAAAAAAUAUUAAAGUUAUCUUUUGGCAGAAUA